CUGGAAUGGGGAUGGACACAGGGCUGGAAUGGGGAUGGACACAGGGCUGGAAUGGGGAUGGACACAGGGCUGGAAUGGGGAUGCAGGACAUGGGACACUCCCUGAGGAGCACAACAGACACCAACCCACCCCAAGCAGCCAUGGAAAUACCUGUCUGUACCUUUGUUAACAAACCUCUCCCCAAAACCAUCGUGCAGGAGGGGUGUACUUCCUCUAUCUGCUGGGUGAGAAGCAGAUUUUCAAGUUUUCUAACACUUAGCAUCACCACAAGUUGUGUUCAGGUGAUGUUGUUCAGUUGGGGUUUUUUAACAGAGUCUCGUCAAAACUAGGCAAAAAGUCCUAGCAUGGUGAUUCUAAACCUAAAGCUGGUUUUAGGUCACCAAAGCCAAAAGAAGCGUUGCAGAAAUCUCAGUCUCUGCACUAAACUGGCAUUUUGCUGCUUGGUGCUUUUCAGUGAAGUCCUUAAAUCCUCACAGGGGUGUUUUCAGCUUGGUUCACUUCAGUAUUUUGGCAACCAUGAGUUUAAUUGGUUUAUCAGGAAGGAAUCAUGACAUUUCAGCCCUCUUUUGCACCAUCCCUUGGCUAAUACAACUAUUCUGAAAAAAAAAAAAAAAGGAGGAAAUCUUUUCAUAAAAAAAAGGGGGAAACCGAUAAAAAACAAGGUAGUGUUCAUGUUUGUACUAAUGUUCAAUCACAAGUUUGGGGAUUUCCUCAUCACAUGCAUGUACAUCUUACAAGAAGAUUAAUGAUCAGCAGGCUGAACAGGUUGGAUGUUUUAUUUUUUUCUCCUGAGCAAGGAGCAUGAUUACAUUUUAAUCUGGAAAAAUAGGUACAUCAGCACAUCUCUGUUUGGCUUGUAACUCACUGAGUAGCUUCUGGGAUUUGUUGUAUAAUAUUUGUUAAAUGGCUUAGUGGGAAAAAAAGAGCUCAGAAGAAGCUCUAAAAAUUAUGAUGAGAAGUCUUGUGGUAACAAAGAAUAUUUCCUCAAAUGGAUUGGGAAAGAGGAGACAAGCAAUACAACACAUCAGUCAUUUCCAAAUGGGAAAGAGCUCCUGGCUUUGUGGUGACAAGAGAUUUUUAAUUCAAUUUAAAAAAAAAAAGAGAGAGAUUUCUUCAUUAGUGCUGUAAUGGCAGGUUUUUCAAAGGACAAAGGAGGGUGGAAAUAAGGGGGGAAAAGGAAUAUAUUCUUAGUCUUCUAAGCAUUUUUUAAAAUCACUGUAGCUGAAUCAGGGCCAGAUGCUGUUUAUAUCAAAAACAAAACAAAGGACAAAGGGAAAGCGCUGCAGCCCAGAGCAGCACCAUCCUUCAGCUGCUCCUCAGCACUCCAAAUUAACCUCCCCAUUCCCACAGCAUCCCCACUGGGAUAAUGAUAUAUUUUUGGGAGGCUGUUGAUGGCCUGUGAGCACAAACAGCAGAGAAGAGGCUUGCCAGGAAUAGCAGCUCCUGCUCAGCAAACCCCACUUGUUGCUGCUGCUGUGCUGCACAGCCUUGGUGUUUGUGCAGCCCUGGGCUGUGCUCUCUGAGAUUUCUGUGCCCACAGAAUUCACUGUGCUUUUAGCAGCAGCUAAUUGGGAUGAGAUUCAUUCCAAACCUGCCUUGGAGUCACGCUGUGAGGUUGGAGUGAGGGCUGGGUGGGCUGCACAGAGCUGUGCAGAGGAGAAUAACCCAACAGGGCAGGAGGGGAAUUGCCCAGGGAGGCAGAGGGGCCUGUCCCCCGUUUCCCAGAGGGAUGGACACCCCUCACCCCUGGCACACAGCUCAAGGAUGGCUACAGACCUGUCCUGAGCAGGAGAGACGUGCUGGGUGUGGGAACCAUUCCCUUCUUGCUCUUUUUUGCACUAGAAACCGAGGUAUUCUGUGUCUUACUUCCUUAUUCCUCUUCAGAAAACCAGUCCUGGCUGCUGUGGUUGGGUGCUGGGGUCUGUGACCCCUGUUAGACCUCACACAGUCGAGACCUGGGCUGAUCCAGCCUUGAAACUGCCCCUCUCCUGCCCUGAGCUCCAGAGUGCCCUCUUGGAGGGGGAUGAAUCCCCCUAGGAGCAGCUUCUCACCUUGGUUUAAUUUAGCUGGUUCCUGCAAUGUUGAGAGAAGCCCCUCAAGCCCCAGGCAGUGCAGAUGCUGUUCCCAAGGUGCAGCAUUUCAGCUGCCAUCCCCGUGCUGUUGUCUCCGAGGUGCUGACGCUGCUGCUGCUGAUGUACCCGCUGCUCCGGGGCCUGGCUCUGCAGCUGCACUCGGCUCUCACGGGCAGCUACAUCCCAGGGACUCAUUCCAUCGCCUUUGUCAACUGCCUCAACGAGCAGAUCGCCAGGGACAUCGCCAGGGCCAUCAUGGAUAAGAGACUGGCUGCCUACGUGAACAUCCUGCCCAAGAGCUCGGCCUUGUAUUUCUGGAAAGGGGAACUGGAAGAAUCCACUGAAAUACUGCUGUUGGUGAAAACAAGGACAUCCAAAAUCGGGGAAUUGUCCAACUACGUCAGAUCCAUCCAUCCCUUUGAAAUCCCCGAAAUCAUCAGCCUGCCUAUCGACCAAGGAAACCCGCUCUACCUCAAAUGGAUCGAGGAGAGCGUCCCGCGGGACUGAGACGCGCUGAGUGCAGCUCGUUUUUAGGGGGACAGGGACCCUGCUGAGCAGCGCGGGAGCAGCUUUUACAAUCUCGGAUUUGCUUCGAUUGGGAAAGCUCCCCUUCCCCUGCCUGCCCCGGGAGCGCUGAGCAUCCCAGAGCCGCUGCAGGCUGAGCUGGGGAAGGGCUGCCUGCACCAAAAGCUGCGGAUGAGGAUGCGCGGGGAUGCUCCAGGCAGGACACUCGGGGCUGCCUCAGGCUGUCAGCAGCGAGCUGCAGCUGGGAGCCGUGGCUGGCAGCCCCUGCAGUGCCCUGUGUGCCCACAGGCAGCCCUGAAGCCCGCCUGGCCCCCGCAUCCUGCAGGAUGUGGCCGGGCACUCUCGCCGUGCCUCCCUCGCCUCCCCUGCCGGCGGCUGCUGCAGCCCUGCGGAACCCAGGGAGGCACAAAACAGCAGCAAACCCCUCAAGGAUCCAGCAGGAGCCGCGAGCAGCAGGCUCUGAACUGUCACAGAGAGCUGGGGAACAUCCACAGCCAGUUCAGGGAACCCAAGUGCCAGCAGGACCACGACACUGCCCUGGCCCUGCAUCCCCACCCCACCGGAGCCUUUCUGCAUAGCCAAGCUGAACCUUGUAAAAAAGAUGUUAAUGGUUUAUAGGAGAGAAAUUCUGGAAUA